AUGGACCUCAAUCAUGGCGCAGUUCGAGAGGAGUAUCAAGAAAUUCGCAGUGUUUUUAACAAUGGAAGGGACCAUUCUGGUAUUACAUCCGUCCUAUUUGAUUCUCUUGAAGAAUUGGUUUGGACGGGGAAUCAGUCGGUGAGGAAACCUCUGAUUUGAAUGGGGAAAAAUAAUGAGUGCUAGCUUCCAGCAAUUAUACUUUUUAGUAAAACCGUGAUCUAAAAACUAUCAAAACUCCAUAAAAACCAUGUACAAUACCUGAAAGAAGUGCCUAUUUUUUGUCGUUUUUAAGAUGAAUGAUUUUGUGGGAUGCGUCGAUUAUUACUUAAAUCAAUUUUCUUACGUUAUUGUUUUAUUCCACGUAUUGUGGCAGCUGUCAAAAAAGUGUAAAACUCAGUCUAGAAACUUACAUUAAUUGAGCAUCAUCAUCUUUGUUCCAUUUGUAGUUAGUUUUACCACAGCAAGUCAUCUUCAUGACUGCAGAAGGCAAGGAAGGCUGUAUGCAAAGAUUCUGAUAUGGGUUUUAUUCCAAUUCUGACAACGGUCAUUGCAGGUGGCCAAAUAGCAUUCAUUUAUAAAGUUUUCCAUUAUUGUUCCAGAAUUUUGAUAACUUAUAGGCAUCUUCAUAGUUGCAUCUAGUUGAAAUAAAAAACAUAGGGACCACAGGCCUGAUUGUCUUAAAUAUCCUGUAAAACUAUUGUUAAUAUUGUGGUUUAACUCAGCAUAGCUCUUAAUUUCAAACCUUAUUUUUCAUGAAGGGUUACUUGAGCUCUUAUUUUGGACCAGAACUUCAAAAGUACACAUCAUUUAAAGUUCAUCAUGGAGAAAUCCGUCACAUGUUAGUCAAUGAUCAUGGGAUACUGUCUCUGUCUAGUAACAAAUUAUGCUUCUCAGCUCGUUCUGGACUCAGAAUCUUUAACCUGAGGUGAGCAAUAAUGAAUUCUACCUUUGUGAUUGAAAAUAACUGUAUUAAUGCAGACUGAUUAAGAGAGCCAGAGAGAGUCAAUGACCUUGAAUUUUUGUGCUAUCAAGAAAAUUGUAAGGAAAUUUACUCAUGAUCAGUUACCAACAGCUUCAUUUAUGUGAAAUAUGUGGACACUUGAGGGUUUAAUUACUAAAUAAGUCAGACUUAACUGGCUUGGCUGGUGGAAGUUUGAAUUACAUGUGGAAUUUAUACAGUUCUGUCUACCUCUUGCUUUCAUUUCUCCUUUUUUUAUGUAGAUACUGAUGAGGGUCCCUUGGGUUUCUGCUGAAUACGUGUGUUACCUCUGACCUUUUCCCUUGAAAACAAUGAUGUUUAACACAAAAGCAAAACUAAUCUGUUUACUCCCUUCCAAGGGACACAACUGCUGUACAUGUAUGAUACCAAAAUAGGUUUAGAACCUCUGUUUGUUAUUCAUCAUUCUUAUUUUUUAGUAAAGCUGUGACUUGUUUUAUUCUAAUCUGAAUGUAUUUAAAUAUCUGCAGUGGGUCUGAUCUGUCAGACAUGCAGUGUAUGUUUCAAAAAGAUGAGACACACUUAUGGGUUGCUGGUCACCAGGGAUUGAUGUUAGAUGUUGACUUGAGAAAAGGAGUCAUUAGUAAAACGGUAAUGAGUUAGAACAGGCUUUUAUUCAUUUCACUGUUAAAUGUGCCAUUUUGCACAAAGUGUCAUCAUGAUAAAAACCUUUUGAGUAUCUGAUGGAUUUUCUUAAAUUUGUUUGAUUGAAAGAAUAGUGUUACUAGCAUGCUUUUCCUUACCUAUUGAAGACAAUACUCUUUUUUUUUUAUUAGAUUGAAGUUGAUCCUGGUACUGUUGUGAUGAAACAGUCUAAUCGUUACCUCUGUUGUGGUGAUACAUCUGGCAAGGUCUGUUCUAAACCUUACUCAUAUAGUUAAUCAUAGGGCAAAUAUUAAAGAGAACAUAAAACUUUAUGGUGUGAGGAAAACUCAUGGCAAUGUCAGAAAUACUUUUAAAUUUGUACAAGGAUGAUACUGCAUGUGAGAAAUAAGAAAUCAGGAUUUAAAAUUUACACUUUUUGUCUUUGUUUAACAGGUGCGGCUAAGGGAUCCCUCCUCUCUGAAGUCUGAGCAUGUGUUAGAAGCACACACAGGAACCCUGUCAGAUUUUGACGUAUCAGGAAACCUUUUGGUUACUUGUGGGUUCUGCUCUAGGUGUGAUAUAUGUCUGUUAUUUCAUAUACUCUAACACUUAAAUUGUUACUCUAGGUUGUCUUGCUGUAAGAAAAAAUCCUAUGAUAAUUUCUUAUUCAAUUUUUUCUUGUUAGAAUGGGACAUUUAGCAAUAGACAGAUUUCUCAUGGUGUAUGAUCUUAGAACACUGAGAGCUAUUCCACUACAGGUAAAAUAUCUUAUAUGCAGAUGAUUUACUAUUAUUUUGAAAUCACUUGAAUGUAUGCUUGAAAUGUUCAGCUUAGAAAAUAUCCAACUCCAUACACAGGGAUUUUUGUUGUGACUGUAGCUGACAUUAGUCAAUCCUUUUCAGUAAUACCCUCACCUGUAAAACUGCACCAUAGGAUUGAAUGUUACCUUGACCUCAUCAAGUAAGAUAUGAGUAACUAGGAAAUUGAAAUUUUGUUAAAUGACUACCUCUUUAAAAAGAAGUUGAUUUGCAUGGAAGCAUGUUGCCUGGGAGAACAUUGAACAAUGUCAAACCCAGCAAUGUCUUCAAUUGGUGUGAUCAGUUGCAGUUUCCAAUAAAAUGUUUUUCAAUGCAUCUUUUUCAUCCAUUCCCUCAACUAAAAUACCUGCACACACCUAAUGAGAAUCCUUUUCUACAUCAAUACCUUGACUUCCCCAUUAAAAAGUUUAAAACAUCCAAUCAACAAGAAUUAAAUUGUGGCUUAUUAUAACUUGUUUCCAAUCCUGAUGUUACUGUGAAAGUUUGUUUGCAUGCGAUUGAAUAUUAUUUCUAUUUCACUGUUAAGGUUGCCAUUGAUCCAUUGAUGUCAGUGUGAAAGUUUGACUGUAUGCAUGCUAUUAAAUAUGUGUCAAUUUCACUUUUAAGGUUGCCAUCGAUCCAUUGAUAUUGAAGUUUGUUCCAGCAUUUACAUCAAGAGUAGCAGUGGUUUCUCAGGUCUGUUCAAUUUUUAGUUGAGUCAUAGGUUUCUACCUAAGUUAGGUAGGUUGAAGAAAGUUUUUUGGCUCAGAGGCACUAAGCAAGGGCUCUGAAAAAGAAACUCUUGCAGGGGUUAUCUGGCCCACUAUGUUAAAAUUGUUUAGUUUUGUGCACUUUAAGUGUUUGAAAUAAAAUGUAAUUCAUUAUUUUGUAAUUGGCAUAACAUAGAUGAAGUAAUUGCCAAAAGAAAUAAUUAAAAGUAAAAAAGCAAAGCAAAAGGUGCUGCAAUUGAACAGCUUGUUUUAUUUGUGUUUUGAUCUUCAAUUAUGUUUCUGAAUAACACUGUCUAUGAAAUAUCUUAAAUAAAUGCCAAAAUGCAUAAAGGUGAACUUCUCUGAAGUUGUUUCUUUUACAGGCAAUGUCCAUCAUAGUAAAUUGUAACAGAUAUAAAAAACACCUUUCGUGAAAUGGACAAAAGCGAUGAUAAUGUUAAACAAGCAAAACAUGGCAUUGAUGAUGAUCACCAUCCUUAAAUUUGAUAAAAAGUUUUAUGAAAUGCUUUUUCUGCACUAGCCUUUGAGUUUCAUUUAAUCAGUUUUUCUUGUUCAUUAACAUUUCUCACUUAAAGUACUCUCCUUCCAGAAUUUUUUGUAAGUUCACAAACAACAGUUCUUACUAUUGUCAUGCUUAGGUACAUUAUGUACUGAACCUUUCAUUGUCUAAAUUUAUUUUAGAAUGGACAAUUUCAGCUUCAUGAACCAGGUGGUCUUGUGACGCAGUCAUCAAUGAUGGUUUACCACGUUAACACUCAUGGCUCUUUAUGCACCACUUUUGACAUUUCUGCAACAUGUCAGACCAUGGUAUUUGGAGAUGCAGGAGGUAGCUUGUGCAUUUUAGACCCCAUGUGAGAAAUAAGCAUCACAGAGCUCUGAGCUGCCACUGUUUUAAUUGCCAUUAAUAUUGGCAAUCAGGAAAAAAAAAUUGAUGGUGAAACAUCACCAAUCUGGCAACCUGUGUUCAGCAGUUAUGCUACAAGUUGUAAUGUUUUAUAGUUAUGGUGUGAACUGUGUAGUCAAAGCAAGAUAAACAUUCCAUCAAAUAUUUCUUAAUUGACAUGCUCCACUGUUUUCUUAGAUGAAAAUUUGUCUCUUUCAUUGAUUGCCCAAGCAUAAGCCUGGAGAUGUUGUGAUUAAGUGUUAGUAAGCAGUUAGAAUGAUGUGUAGAGUAUUUCUGAAAUUGUAUUCUGUUCUAAUACAAGUUUUCCUUGUUUACUCUAACACCAGGAAAUACACAUCUCUGGGGGGACACUCAGGAAAAAGACAUUUUGUUUAACAUGUACUCAAGGGAAACAGAAUUUGCUGCUCCUGUAAGUGCAAGAGACCGCUUCCAUUAUUUUAGUCAUGUACUGUAGUCAGAAUGAGAAAACAGAAUAAUGUCUCUUCAUGUACAUUUGCUUGCAGUGCUUCAUUCAUUGGUCUCUCACACAUUAAUUGUCCUUCAUACAUUUUGAUUGACAUUUCAUUUUCCUUAAUCCAAUAUGUUUGACAGAUUUUAGACUGUUGUUGUCUCACAUUUCAAUUUCUAACCAAGUGUAAGUUUUGCAGUGUGUCUCAAUUUUUCAACAGAACCCCAUAUUCACCAAAAUUGCAUACCUUAUAUAUUGAAUAUAUUGUUAAUUGCAUUGUCAUAUAUAUUGAAUAAGGUAUAAAAGAAAAAAGACUGCUUGUUGCUGCUAUUUAAUGUAGGUUUUAACUCAUAGUAUGGAGUUGUUUGUGUGGCAGAUUCCUCAUCUUCAUCCUUUGGCCAUCGAUGAUUAUUCUAUUCCACUCUCCACUUUUCCUCUUCCUAUGCCAAAGUGAGUUGUUGUGUUUGUUGCAGUUUGGGAUCUUUUUGGUUUUAAAGUGUUAUGUGCAUGGGUGCGUAGUCUUGAGUCAAAGGAAUUGAAACUCAAACUCUUUAAACUAGGGAAUCACAAUGGAUACUUUCAUUUAUAAAUAACAAUUAUACAAAGACACCAGUUUUCUUUUGUGUCUUGCUAUAGUCUUAGUUUGAUUCAAACUACUCUUGUGUUCAUGUAUAUUACUGCCCCAAAACAUGCACUUUGAUCAACAUCAGAGUUAACUAUUGAGAUCUUGGAUUUAACAUUGCAAUGACCUCAUAGAGAAAUUAGCUCAAUUUACUUGUCAAAAUGGUCUCUUGAGACCUGGUAAAAAUGUGAAUGAACAUGCCAUGAACAUAAUAAAGCAUGGUUUAAGGGUCUGUCAUAUUUAGCAAAUGUUACCCUCAGUGAUCUACAAUUUUUCUCCCCUGUUUCCUGUAAAACUUAUCUAUACCAAGGAGUCAACACCAUUAUUAAGAAGAUACUAGGGUUCACAACACUCACGUGACAACAUUUUUUCUCUACAGUGGUCCACCACUUUCUGACUGGCCAGCAGAAAAUAUGGUGUUUGGAGACAGGUACUGGUUGGGUGUUUAACCAACUAUUUAAAAUGUAUUUGGUGUCCAUGAUUUUCAAUGAAUUAGGGCAGUGAAAGUUCUAUGUUCCAAUGAGGCUUCCUUUCCCUCCUCCUCUCCCUUCUCUUAGUUUGCUCUCAUUACUUUCAGGUGUGUCUGUGACGUCAAUUUGAUUGAUAAGAAAUAUGUUGCUGAGUUAUUAAGAAAAGCUUGUUAGCUAUUGUUAUAUUGCCAUCAGUUCCAUUAAGUUUGGUACAGAAUGCUUCAGACUCUGCCUUUUAUUUACAAGAUUAACAUUUCAGAUUAAAAUGUCAGGACAGCCAGAUUUGUUCUAAGCUUAAUGUGGCUGGAUUGCUGUUGGCCUAAACUUUUUGUGGGAUUUUUGCAACUCUUAAAAAAUUGGUCUGUAGAGUUUUUUUUAUUAUUAUUAUUAUUUUAAAACUGAAAUUUACCCAUCUAAGCUGUAAACUCCUUACUUAUUGAAGUGAGACCAUCAAAAUUUCCUUGUCUUCAUUUUGUAACAGGCCUACUCCACCAAUUGAACCUGAAAUUCUCCGCACAAUGGUUGUCAGGCAUUUCAUUGGUUAUGCACCUAACCCCGGAAGCAGAAAACGUAAUCAGGUAUUUUUUAUGCUAAUUUGAAUUUUUACAGUAUGAUGUUAGGUGAUAAUCUCUUUGUUAUUUGUCAGUUUUGUCACCUUGUAUCAUUGUAGGUAGCAUACCCACUUAGAGAUUUAUCAUUGAAUUCCCAAGAGGAAGAAAACAGUGUGCCAGAUUCACCCAUGAACAGAGGUAUUGUGACAAUCAGGAUAUCUGGAGGUCUUGCCCCAUUACAACUCCGCCCAUUAUCACCUUUGCAAGUUUGCCCCCCCUGUAGUUUUCACCUUUACCAGUUCUCCCCAAAGUCUUUCAACUCGUAUCCUUACAGCAGAAUGUAUUCUGCUGAAAUUGUAAAGAAUUUUGAUCAAAUGAAUAUGAAAUUUCAGAGCGAAAUCAUAACAAAGUUCGACAAGUAUGCAAAUUAGUAGCCGUGUUACUGCACGAGUGAUCCAAAGCCACUACAUUACUCUGGUCUUUAUCUUGCUGGCUUGACACUAUUUUAUGUUAGUAUCCGAAGCAAAUUUAAAGAGUUAAUUUCAUGAACAAUCUAAACUAAAAUGGCUACUUAAGGAGCUAAAACUGAUUCUAAAGUAAACAUGUUGCUCAAAACAUUUCAUGAUUUUGACAGAACUCGCAGGCGAGUAAAAGUGAGGGGAACUCACAGGCUAGUAAAGGUCUGGGCAACCUUGCAGGCCAGUAAAGGGUGCAGGCGAACCCGCUUCACUUUAGGAGGCGUAUUUGCAAAGGUGGUAGGGAGUAAACUAGCAAUGGGUCGAAACUUCCUAUUCCUCAUCUAUCCCUUUUAAUAUCAUGAAAGGACCAGAAAAGUUUCCAGAUGGGGAUUAUGUGUUUGUUGGAAAGAGUGAGGAUGUCACACAGCCUUGGUUGCUCAAGGCUUCACAAAAAGGAAAAAGGGACAAGGCAUACCCUUUCUCCUUUGCAGGCAUAUGAUGUGAUGUUGGGUAGGAGAAGCUUUGAAUACCACAGUUUUUUUUUCCCGUUUCCAUUCCUCAUGGUAACUUCAGUAUGUAUUAAUUCAUCUUCGACCUCCAGUUGUAGUUGUAUCCAAGUGGUUUAGUAUUGGUGUGCCUUUGCUGCAUGCUUUGCUAGAAAGUCCUACAUGUAAUCAGAUUGACUGCCCUACCCGCUAUCAAUUCUGCGAUAGAUUAUAAGUGCAAUGACUGGCCUAACUGUGAAAGGUUGAAAACGAAAUAAAAUAAAGCCAGGAGUAGGCCUUGUGUGGUUGUUAAAUUUUGCAUGACUAUUAGAUGUAAAUUAAAAAAAUUAUAAUAUAUUUUUCGAUAAUCUAACUUUUAAUUAGUAAUUAGAGAAACUUUGUUUUAAAUCAAAGUGGAUGUCUGUAGAAACUCUUAGCAUGAAACACGACUUUCUUGUCGUUAUCACUGUCACUGUUUUAACCUUACACUUUUACUUCUACUGAUUGGCUUCAGAUGAUGAUCCUGGAAAUGUGAUACCAAAGCACUACAGAAGAGUAGAGAUCAAAUACUCAAAACUUGGUGAGUUACAUGCCCAUUAAUAGUGUUCUUUUUUUGUCUCCUUUUUAUUGUCUUUUUUUUUUGUUCGUUUUUAUCGUUUUUAAAUAAUCAUCAUUAUUAUUAAUAUCAUUAUUAUUAUUAUUAUUAUUAUUAUUAUUAUUAAAUAUAGCAAAUGAUAAACAAUUGGAAAAUAGGACAGGCCAUUAUCCUUUUCAUACAUGAUGGUAAAGCUCAUGAUCAGUGUGAUUAAGUAUUCUGUCUCGUUCAAAUGUAAUCUUUCCUAUUAUGUCAUGUCAGGCGUUGAAGACUUUGAUUUCAAGCACUACAACAGGACAUCAUUUGCUGGUUUGGAGACGCACAUUCCAAAUGCUUACUGUAACGCUAUGCUCCAGGUAAAAAAACUAAAACAGUUGCAGACAUUCGGCAUAGUGAUAUUUCACAUUGUCUGAAGUCUUCUUGUGGCCUACGAGAACUAUUUUACAUCACUGAGAAAGGUAAAUCUUUAAGAUAAAGGAAUAUCAGAUGGGUAACUCUAGAAUGCGCGGAUACCACGGAGAGAUUCACAUGGUUUGUAAAUGAUGCGUAGGUCAAGUUUUUGAAAUUAUACUUCAAUAAUACGGUUCAGUGGUGUUUAUUUGCCUAACUUAGUCAGUUAGUCAGUCAUUCAGUCAGUUUUCUGCCAGUCAGCGGUUGUCAGUCAGACAGUUUUAUUCAGUUGUCCUCGAGAGCUAUCGACGCCUCAGUAGUUUUUCUUGUUAGAGUGGAUAUAAACGAGUACAAGUGAACUAAGAUUUGAUUAUUGGUACUCACCUCUUGGACUUGUUCGUCACUCAGGCACUAAGUGCGUUACUUCUACUUUUUUUCCUCUUUAGCUCUUUUAUUUCAUUGAACCGCUUAGAGUGGGAAUGCAAAACCAUUUGUGCCAUCGAGAAUUCUGUAUGGCGUGUGAACUUGGUUUCUUAUUUCACAUGCUGGACAUGUCCUCUGGACAAACCUGCCAGGUGAGACAAGUCGUUUGCAACUGCAUCUUUGCUCCAUGACCGGGAGAGAGAGUAUUUAUAUUAAUCUUCAACUCAGUGGCAUUUUAGCAAGAUAGGCUUGGUCUUCUUCCAGCACGAGAAAAAUGAGGAGAUCGGUACUUCGUUACCAUAAUUCAUUGUGUAUAUGUUGUGGCACUGCAACCAUUUCAACAUUGUUUUCCCUUUUGAUGUGAUGUCUGACAAUGUUUUACAGAAAAAAAAUCUAUUUCCUUUUGUGGCUUUAGGUAUCACUUUCCCAGAAUUGUGGAAAAAGUUGUCUGUUAAAUCUUUUCCUUAGUCAUAAAUAUACAUUCUAGCUGAGUUUUAUUGGAGCUAACCGUGUUCUUGUCGGCUCGUAGGCCAAUAACUUUCUCCGAGCUUUUCGUACCAUUCCUGAGGCAGCAGCGUUGGGUUUAGUCCUGAACGAUGUCGAUGAGUCCUUUGGAAAUGCUAACUUUCCUCGCUUGAUACAAAGCUGGUUUAGAUUUGUUCUUCAACAGAUGCAUCAGGUAGGUGUAUUGCAUAAAGGGUGUGAGUUUCUGAAGAAACUGUGGUGCUGUGUCGGUGGGAGAGUAUAACAGGGUAAUUUAGAAUUAUCAUUUGAGUUGAUAAUGUAAAUUGGCCACCGUAAAGAGCGUUAGCCCUUCGUCAUCCGGUCUGACGAAGGGCUAACGCUCAAGACUUCAGCUUUGAAACCCUUUACGGUGGCCAAUUUACGUUAUCAACUAAAUUGAUAAUGGUAAAAAACCUAAGUGUAUUGCAGUUCGUUUGCGGAACAAAGUCCGUUUACGCGGUCACGUUGUAAUAACAUAUUCACCAAGAUUGCCUUAAUUCCUAUAAUCAAAAUGGUAAAUAUUUAGAAAUAUCCUUGGUUCAAGUUAAGGUUGUGCGUUUUUUAUUCCUCUCUCAACAGGACACUCUUGAACCACCUAACGUAUCGGAUGGAGAAAAGGACGAUAUACAGACUACGUGAGUACGAGAAUGUUAAAUAUAUGAAAUGUUUCGAUAGCUUUGUUCGUUUUUGUAAAUUGUUGGAAACCCAUUGGUUGACGGGUGUGUCUUAACGGACUAUAUUGCGUAAUUUUUGGACACAAACGAGACAAAAAAAUGCACUAACUAACUAAAAUGCUGUAGAAUUAUCACAGAAUUGAAUUUCACCUUUUCUCUACAAAUUGGCUAGUGUGAAAUCGUCCACUUCGACUAACCCGCUGCUGACAAUUUUUCCUCUCACUAUUUUUUAAUCAAUAUAUUCCUAUGCGUACAAAUGAUUUCCUUCUUAUUUUGCUACUGUUAUAUAGGACUGGCAAACCUCAUCAGAUGUCUUUAAUUCAGCGACUGUUUGGAUCAAAUGUUCAGCUACUUAGUCGGUGUCGCUGUGGUAAAGAGUCCAAAAGAGAUUCAACCACAUUGCUGUUCAACUUAGAAUACCCUGAAAUGAGUGAAGGUAAGAUGGCGCUGAGCUUCAUUCAAAUCGACUGAAAUUAUAGACAAGCGCAUUUGAGGGCAGCUCUGAUGUCAAACAUUACCUUGUCUUCUCCCAACAGAAAGCCUGCUCGACAGAAACAUAUCUAAAUUGCAACAAUGUCAGCGUCAACGUUGUUCCUCGCUAUUUCAAUGCUUUUAGUACGCUUCAACGUGGUUCCUCUCUAUUUCUUAUUAAUUAUUACAAAAUAAGCCACAGUAACGAUGCCUGGUUAAUUUUCACUGAUUUAUUUUUACUAAAUUUUUUGAUGAAAAUUCAUCGUGAUACGUUACGUUAUUUCAAUACACAGAUCUGCUUCAGUUUCGAACACCUGGUUAAUGCCCUUGCCUGUUUUAUUAUCUUGAUAACGUAAUUUUCUUCUAUUUGAGAUUUUAUUCUUAAGUUUGACUUUAAUUUUGAUUUUACUUUUAACAUAAACAUAACUGUAAUUUUAAAAUUUUAAUUUAUUUGAGUAUUUGAAAACAAAGUAAUAAUGUUCCUUUUAUCGUCUGCCCAGAAAAGCAACAGGGUCCAGUGAGCUUCGAGUCAGUGAUAUCGUCGAGUUUGAGCCGUGAACAGAGUAUGCAGGCUUGGUGUGAUCAGUGCUCAAGAUAUCAACCCACAGUAGGUUUUACUUGACACACAUGUGUGGGUAAUUGUGUAAAAGAAUGCAGAUACCUAGAACUGUAAGCUUUUAAGCAAGUGGAAUCUGUUUUGUUGCUUGAUGUCUCUCAGUGAUCAGCAUCGUGUAGUAUGCUUCCAUACAUUUGCAGUUGUAGUACAUUUUAUAAUCAUAUUUUGUUUCUCAAUACAUUUUUUGAUGAAGAUAAAAUACAGUCUGGAUGCGUUUAACUCACUUUUUAACUAAAAUGUACGUUGUGAAGUAACUAACAGGAAACGUUGCCUUGUCUCAAACUUUCUUCGAUAUAGGUUCAAAGUCGCGAAGUUAAAAAUCUACCAGACAUCUUGGCUCUAAACUGCGGUAUGGAACAUGUCAAAGAAGUUGAAUUUUGGAAAAUACAGCAACAGGUAAAUGCAGUUGAACCCAGUAAGAGACAACCUGGCUAGUCCCAAAGAAGUGUAAACCUAAGAGACCGUUGGACAUAUUGGAAGCCAAGUCGUUGUACAGCCACAACAUUGAAAUGUAGAAAUUAAUCGGCUACUUUAAACGCGCUUUAAGACUAAGUCAUAUGAAGUCAUUCGUGGAUGACCUCUACUAACCCAACGGGUAACCCCUGAUAUUGAAGUAGAGUAAUGCGAAUUGGUCUCGUGCUGUUUUCUGAUAAACAACUCCGAAAGUGACAGUGGUCGUCUACAAAGCGUUAUCGUUGACGGGAAGAUCCUUUUACAGGGAUUCACCAAAAAAAUGCUAGAGCAGAGAGGAGACAGCGAUUGUUCCCUUAGGUUCCUUGUGAGCAUAAUCAUCCACAAUGAAAUCAAAUGAGUUAAAUUCCUCUAUCCUUUGCAAAUGUCACCGAAAUCGUAUGUUCGUAACUUGAAUUAUCGAAGCACCCAAACUCAACUUUGCACAACACGUGGAUCUCGGUUAACUUCAAAAGCAUAUUAAAGUAUGAAAAUAAAAGCAUUUCUCCAAGUUACUAGAUCCGCCAAAGCCCGAGGAGAAGUCCACUUCCCUUCCAUCUUCCGGCCGUUUUUGUCGUUAUGGCAACACGUGCUCCAGACCAGACUGCAAGUUUAGACACGAUAGAGAUGUUGCAUCGGAAAGUGGGUAUGUGCAGUCAAACAUAGAAUAAGUGGGCGGACAUAAAAUCUUGCUAUAAAACAUAGUAAUUUAUAGGAGGAUUAAUUAUGAGUUGUCAGAAGCUACCGACAGACGGCGGGAUAGCGAAGUAAAAGGUACAGAAAACAGGAAGUUUUUCAAACUGCCCAUUUUCCUUAAUUGUGGGCUUGUCGGUGUUAUUUAUGACCGCUAGCAGUCCCCCUAAGACAAUAGAAAACUUUGUGUCGCCCAUUAACUCUGAAUCUUAUACCACCUUCUCAUGUGUGUGUUGAAAUUGUAAGAUUGAGAUGUUCGAGGCGCAACGUGGCAUUAAACAGUGAAAAACUUUGUGAUAUACGAAAGUGCUGUUUCAGCAAGAACUCUGUUGACCGAAAUGGUUUUGCUUUAAUUUGAAAUUCAGCCUAUUUCGUUGCACCUAUUUGAGAGUAUUCUGAACGGUGCAUUGACUGAUCUUUCUUAUUUUACUGACUGGAGUGUCUUUUCACUGUGCGGUGUCACUCUUUAGUGGGGUUCAAAACGGUUCAGUUCCAGACGGGAGAAGAAGUGCAGUUCUUUUGUUCCUUGCCAUUUCACUGAUGUCCUGUUCUACGAGUGAUUAAGUUUAUUUUUCACUAGGCGGGUGGAGGUUCCCGAUGAAGAAAGACUUAAUGGUUGGGUUCCACUCUCGAUAAUGAUAUCGUUUGACUCCGGUAAAAUGCAAGUGACCAAGAUUGAUGAGGUACAUCUACUUUCAAGGUGUAAAUUCUUCGUGUUAUUAUUUAUUUUACUCUAAGAAAACCAAAGUUACGAUAUUGUGGCAUCUUACACAAUGAAAAGAUCAAUCCUCUGCACUCUUCUCAGCCUCUCAUGCACCAAGCAAUUUUUUGUCUUCUGUUACUCUCAAUACUUGAUGAUAGCCACCAACCUUUGUCAAACAAAAUGCAAGCCGGGGAAAGGUUAACUGAACCUUGACAAGUCUUUUUGAUAAAAUCUCCUCUCCUUCUUCCACCAGAUUAGCUGUUUAAACUCAAAUAUAUGAGUUUCUGAUGCUGGUUUUGUACUGAAGAAAUGUAAAAUGGUUUCCGUGUUUACAUAGCCUGACGUAAACACGCGGGAGGUUGGGAGAACACGAGAUAAGCGUAGGAAACCACGACACGAAGCGGAGUGAUUUCCAGCUUAUCGAGUGUUCUCCCAACCCCCCAAGUGUUUACAUCAGGCUACGUAAACACGGAAACCAUUUUACAUUUCUUUUAUAAAAUAACUAAUGAAAGAGGAACGAAAACCGUGUUUACAUACGCUCAUGUAAAAUGGUUUUAUGGCCAAUCAGAGCGCACGUACUAUUUGAAUUAUUUUAUAAUUCUAUUUGUUUGAUAAAGCUUUUCAAGAAGCUUCGUUGAAUGGGGGUUUGUGUUGGUGUAACUGGUGUUCUCACCAUAUUUUGACGCUUUUUGCGAUCUAUUACUGAACAGUUGCACGUGAAAUCUAUUUGUUUUAUAUAAUAAGUAAAAGCCAAUCAAAAGGUGUGUACCCUUCAUCUUCUUCUACAAGUUUAUGUAUUUCUCUCUUUCUUUUGUUUGAAUUUUUACUUUUUCAGAAUCAGAAAGUAAGAUGUUCGGAAAAUGAGGUCGUGUACGAUCUGUUAGCAACUGUGGGCCAUGUGCAGGACUUCAAAUCGGGUGGAAACCUGGUGGCUCACAUUCAUGUUGGUAAUACCUACCACAGUCGUAAAGAGGUUCGGGCGAGUCUCAAAUAAUCCCUAGUUGUAGUGAUAAAUCUUUUUUCACGUUUGGACUGAAACAUUUUGUGCGAACUCUUUUUAAGAACAAAAAAAUACUUUUUUUUCUGCAUGAAAUCCUAGUAAGUUGCUUAGGGUUUAGGGUUAGGAGAACCAGCAUCAAUGUUCCUGUUCUUUUUUUUCUUUUUUUCUUUUUUCUAGGGAGUGACAUGCAGUCAGUGGUACUUAUUUAAUGAUUUCGCCAUCACUCCUAUAUCACCAGUAAGCUACAGCUUUUUAGUUUAAUGAUAUUGAUGACAAGUAAUAUAUUUCAGUUGAAUACGAUUUAAAGAAUACAUCGUACAAAUAGUGUCAUCUGCGGAUAAAAAAAAUACGUAGAUAUGUCGCUUAUUCUCUUUUCAUGAACGUAUUCUGAGAAGCAAUUAUUGGAUUGUCUUACGGGCCGGAAAACGCAGGGCGACACGUCGUUGGGACAAGUCACGGGGCAAGUCUCAGCGACAAUUCGCUUCGUGAGAGAAUAACCCUUAAUUAAGCACGAAUUUUUGGUACCGCAACAAUGAUCGGAGUGAUAGAGGGAGUAACAGCGACUUGCUUUGGAAGCAACACACGCGAGGCGUUUUGACGUGGAGACCAGCCAUAGCGACUUUGACCUUCUGUGGCCUAGCCUCCAUAAAAAUGACGUGGUAUUUAUAUUUCUGCAGAACGAUGCAGUUCAUUUUUCGUUAGAUUGGAAGUUACCAUGUGCUGUUGUUUUUACAAGGAGAGACAUAAAUGGUCGUCAUGAAACUGCAAGUAAGUAGUAGAUAUGAUUCAGUUUGUUUGAUGUGAUUCACUUCAACUUAUUUAUAUUUUCCCUUGUCACAACAGUCUGUCAAAGAAUCGAUGACAGCGUUUUGUAUCAGGACGUGUCCCUUGUCAGAAGAGGCAGCGUGUCCCGUGAUUUCACCCCCCUGGGACCUGAUGAGCUGCCGAAAGAGGGAGAUCUUGUGGGGCUAGACGCAGAAUUUGUAACACUGAAUCAGGUGUGAACCAUUCUGUAUAAUUCUUGGAAACAGAUCUGUGGGAUUCUUGUACCGCUCAAGGUCUUUGAAGGGCUUGAAGUUGUCUUUAUAUUAUUUACAGUCAUUGUGAACACAUUUAUUUAUUUAUUUAUUUCAAUCUCUGCAGUUGGGUUGUUCGAAAGCCGAUUGACACCAAUCAUUUGUUAACUACUUCGUAAAAACCUGCCCGUUGCAAUCAAUUUGAAUAAAUGCUCAGAAUGCUUUGAAAAAUCCACAUUGAAAAUUUCGUAACCCAAGUGUGACUGCAGUCCUCACUUGUUGUUGUUAAGGUCCUUAACUUUUGAAGUCAGUGGGGAAGUUCUACCGUGGUUGAAAAACUAAAAUCUGUGUAAUUCCCUGCGUUUUUGCUAUCACUAGGAAAGCAGUGAGUUCGUCACUGAUCGAAUCCAAUUUUCCUGACGCAUUGACAGGUUGGGGGGGCGGGGUAUGUGCACAUGUGGGUACUCAAGCAGAACCUUAUUUAGCAGCGUGUUAAUUUUUUAGGAGGAAGCAGAGAUAAGAAGUGAUGGCACCAGGUCAACCAUAAAACCAAGUCAGAUGAGUGUAGCGCGUGUUACCGUCGUCCGAGGGUAAGAAUGCCAUAGUCGUUACGUCUUGUUACCUUCGCGUAUAUUCCCAUUGCAUGCAUUGAAGAACAGCAAUUAGAAUUAGAGUCUCAAAAGACUACUUUGGAUUGUCCAUACUAACAUACACUGAUCAGUGAUGUGACAUUCUUGUAAAGGUACCUUACGUAGUGUUGAUUUAAUUUACGACCCUACCUACCUCUUUUUGUGGAGUUUACAUAUCAGCUGCAUGGUGGCUGAUCCCUAUUGAGCAUUUUAACGAAAAGUGCUCGUUCUGUUCUAUCUUGAAUUUUCGUGUUACUCAUAUUUUAAUUUUUUCUGCAGAAAUGGGCAAUUGGCUGGUGUACCAUUUAUUGAUGACUACAUUUCAACCACAGAACAGGUUAGUCUCAUUUCUUGCAGAUAUUGGGAUAUUGAUUUCAAGCUAUUGCCAUCUAAACAUAGGGCUACAUCACCUUGAAACUUUAGCUUACUGGAAAACAGUUAUUUGACGAUUGUCUAGUUGACAUUUUCUUGCUAAAGCUUAGUGAUUUGUAAUAAGAGUUUCUUCCCUGACAUAAACCCACGACAUGAAUGGCCUGACGUCACGCAAAAAGCGUGAAGAACACGAUUCGCUAUCUAUUCAGGCUUACUCCUAAAAUCCUCAGUUAGUUUGUCUUCCACGGCAUGGCGUGAUGCGUCAUGUCGCGAAGAGUGUGAAGAACAAGAAUCGCAGUCUAUGCAGGCGUCCGGCCAGAAAGGUUUGGCAUGGAGUAAGGUCGCUUGAUUGUUUCCUAUUUGUCGCUGUUCCUCGCACAUGUUUAAAGGAGCUAAGAAAAUAGGAGGUUUAAAAUGGACUUUAUGAUGAUUCGAUCUUUGCCUUUCAGGUUGUUGAUUACCUAACCAAGUUUUCAGGUAUAAAACCAGGGGACUUGGACGCAACAAUGUCUUCCAAACAUCUCACCACACUUAAAACUACUUAUCGCAAGCUGAGGGCUUUAGUCGCAAGAAAAGUGAAGUUUGUUGGUCAUGGCCUGAAGAAAGAUUUCCGAGUCAUAAACAUAUUGGUACGUUAUGAGUAUAGAGAGGAUAUGAUGUUGUUUUACAGCGCGACAAAAUCAUGACCCGUUUACCUAUACACUGCCAUACUAAACCUAGCCAAAACUAAGUUUUGUUACUGAUGGUGUUCUUAUUUAUUAACAUCUUUUUACGUCUAUCUUUUUUUUUUGCUUUUGGUUUACUGAUAAAUGUUGUGGUCAUAGUUGCUGUUGUUAUGUUGUUGCUGUUCUUCUUCUUCUUCGUCGUCGUCUUUUACCAAGUAGGUAAAUUUGUGUUCUAUAAACGAGUUGUUGUACUUUCUAGGUUCCAAAAGAGCAAGUAUUUGACACUGUGGAACUCUUUCAUCUGCCACGUCAACGAUUCAUUUCCUUGCGAUUUUUGGCCUGGUAUUUUCUAGGUAGAUUUAUGAAUGCUGUAAAACUUUGUUGCCUGAUGUCUUUUAUUGUUUGACUUAUACGACCAACUGACUGACUUUGGUUUAACGAUUGAUUUAUUGAUUGAGUGAGUAACCAGUUGAUUGAUUGAAAUAUUUAUCAAUUCAUUUAUUGGUUGAUCGUACCACGGCGAUUUAGUUCAUUAUUGAGUUCUCAGUUGCACAGUGGUAGAGCAACAUAGCGCGGGAUCCCAAGGUCUGAGGUUUGACUCCGCCUGGAGGACGCAGACUCUCUUUGUCCCACGCUUUGCCCCACGCUCCAAGACAGAACGAAUAAAAGAUUCCUUUACUCCAUUACUCAACUGGAUACAAGCCAAUUUUGUAAUUCUACUAGCUUCGAAUUUAUAAUUGUCCUCAACAUUUUAUUUGUCAUGUUUACUGCAGGGUUAACAAUCCAGUCCGAAACUCAUGAUAGUACUGAAGACGCCAAAACAGCCUUACAACUGUACAGGAAAUACGAAGAAUUGUCUUCAAAAGGAGAGUUUAGAAAAGUUUUGAAACAGCUUUACGAGGAUGGAAGAAAGUCUGGAUGGAAAGUUGAAGAAAAGGAUUAUUAA